UCAAACAGAACCUGUCUCAUACAGGCCGAAGACAGACCAGAUGUUUACGAGACAUACCUGAACGACUUUAACUGAGAGACUUUUUUGUUUCAGCUUUCAGAGAGGAUGUUUUUGUCUCUCCUGCUCACACCUGGAACAAGGAAGCAGUGAGAGCCUUUGUUUUGGUUGUUUCUGACGCUACAGGCGACGGAAAGGUCCAAGUUGUUUAUAUUGUUAUAUUUUAAAGGAACAUGCGCUUUUUGCUCCACUACAGGACUUGAUGUGCGCGUAGUUUGUGACGUGUAAUAACACCUGUGACACCGGCAGUUGAAGAGACCUUACUUUCGCACCGUUUACGCACAGAUUCUGGCACACUUUGCUGCUGUAAAUUUUCAUUCCUCACUUUUCUGCCAACCCAUGGUCACAGAGCACUGACAGCGCAACUACAGUCAACUUCCCUCACCUGCUAAGGACUCCACGUUUCAGCGAACGUGGUGGGUUUUGUUUUACGCACAAAGGAGAGGUCAAGUUGAGGCAAGCGCACCAGCAUCAGGUGCUGUGGGAAAAGAAGAAGAUAAGAACAACACAGAAAUAAUAAAAAAAGACAGAAAGUCAUCAAGAUGACGGACGGUGCCAGACAACGUACAAGCACGUCGGGCUCUGCGAAGGAUGCUGCCGGCGGAGAGAAGGAGUCAGGAGGAGGUGUUGCGCUCAAGAAGGAGAUCGGGCUCGUGAGUGCCUGUGGUAUUAUUGUUGGUAACAUCAUUGGCUCAGGUAUCUUCGUCAGUCCUAAGGGAGUGAUGGAGAACGCCAGCUCCGUGGGCGUGGCCCUAGUCGUCUGGAUCAUCACAGGCGUCAUCACUGCCAUUGGAGCGCUGUGCUACGCUGAGCUGGGUGUCACCAUCCCCAAAUCUGGGGGUGACUACUCUUACGUCAAGGACAUCUUUGGCGGGCUGGCAGGGUUCCUGCGUCUCUGGAUCGCUGUGUUGGUGAUCUACCCGACUAACCAGGCCGUUAUAGCACUGACAUUUUCUAACUACGUACUGCAGCCUCUGUUCCCCACCUGCUUCCCUCCGGAGAAUGGUCUGCGUCUUCUGGCUGCUGUCUGCCUCUUACUGCUGACCUGGGUGAACUGCUCCAGUGUGAGGUGGGCCACCAGGGUGCAGGACAUUUUCACCGCUGGCAAGCUCCUGGCUCUGGCCCUCAUUAUCAUCAUGGGCAUCGUGCAGAUCUGCAAAGGAGAGUACUACUGGUUGGAGCCAGCCAACGCCUUUGAGCCCUUCCAGGAGUACGAUGUUGGUCUUAUAGCUUUAGCCUUUCUACAAGGCUCCUUCGCCUACGGAGGCUGGAACUUCCUUAACUACGUCACGGAGGAGCUGGUGGACCCCUAUGUGAACCUCCCCCGAGCCAUCUUCAUCUCCAUCCCCCUCGUCACCUUUGUUUACGUCUUCGCCAACAUCGCCUAUGUCACAGCAAUGAGCCCUCAGGAACUGCUCGCCUCAAACGCUGUUGCUGUGACGUUUGGAGAGAAGCUGCUGGGAGUCAUGGCGUGGAUCAUGCCCAUCUCCGUGGCUCUCUCCACCUUCGGAGGAGUCAAUGGAUCCCUCUUCACCUCUUCACGAUUGUUCUUUGCUGGAGCCAGAGAAGGCCACCUCCCAAGCCUCCUGGCCAUGAUUCACGUUAAACGCUGCACUCCCAUCCCUGCUCUACUCUUCACAUGCCUGUCCACCCUGCUCAUGCUGUGCACCAGCGACAUGUACACUCUCAUCAACUAUGUGGGCUUCAUCAACUACCUCUUCUAUGGAGUCACUGUCACCGGGCAGAUUGUGCUGCGUUUUAAACAGCCGGACAUGCACCGACCAAUCAAGAUCAGCCUGAUCUGGCCGGUUAUUUACCUCAUCUUCUGGGCCUUCCUGCUCAUCUUCUCCCUUUACUCUGAGCCCGUUGUGUGUGGUAUCGGCCUAGCCAUCAUGUUAACCGGUGUCCCCGUCUAUUUCCUGGGAGUCUACUGGGACAACAAGCCACAAUGCUUCGAUGCCUUUGUUGAUAAAAUGACAUACCUGGGUCAGAAAUUCUGUGUGGUGGUUUACCCGGACGAGGGGAAUGGCGGCGGGAGCACUGAAGAAGGAGAGGAAAUGAAGGAAGCCAGGUCUCCUCUGUCCAAGGAGGACGGAGAAAACCACAAAUCAGCAGACUGCUAAAACGUCCUUCAUCUCCCACCUGCCUUCAAAAUAAACAGACAUGCUCAGACGCACCUGUGGGUGCGAGCACACACUCUCAAAACACCUGUAAACAUAUCGAAGUGGAUUGUUGAUCAAGUCUUUUUCUUUGACGUUCUUUCUUUGGAUUUUAGCUUCUUAUCAAUCAACUUCUGUGCCAAAAUAGUAAGUAGAUGUUUAGAGUAAUAUGACCUCAAAUGUUUCUCUUUGAGGACUAUCAAACGUGCAAUAAAAACGGUAGCAGCUUCAAAAUCCUCUGAUACAUUUAACCAUCAUCAACUUUCUCCCUCCACACACUCCCUGCACACUCCUACUGUAAGAGCGAUGCCUUUUUUAGUUCUUUUUUUUAAAUCUAAGGACUCUUACUGUACUGUGAUAGCUACACAUUUAUUUUUUCUUCUUUUGUUUUAUGCUUUUGUUGUGAAACUUUACAUCUCUUCAACACCAAAGCUGUGUUUUGAUUGGUGGAGGCAGAAAAUCUAAUUCAGAUCAAGUCAUUUCAUGUGUUUGAAGUACACUAAGUACUAUGUUUUGUUUUUAAAGGUGUCAGUGAUUCCGAGAUGUUCUUCUUUUUUUAUAUAAAAAAUAUGUAAUUGUGAUUUUUUUUGGUAUCAUUGUUAUUUUAGUCUAAAUAUGUUAAUUAUAGUUUUGUUGAUAGUCUUUUUUCUAUUCAGCAUCAUUUACAUUUGGGCCUUUUGUUUUUACUCUUGAAGCUGUACUUUGCAUCCAUGACAGGUGCACAGUUCUUUUUAAUUGCCUUAAUUAGAAUAUUUUCUGAAUUUAAUGCCAUUGCAGCUCUGUAUUGAACUGCAUGCAUUGAAGUUUAAUCCUCGUACUUUAAAGGAGUUUUAGAUGUUCACGGAUACGACAAGAAAAGGUGUCUGUUUUGCAAUCUUAGAGUUAUGGACACUACACACGAAUAGUCUGUUUGAACUAGGGAGCAUAAAGUAGGCACCACAUGACAGAUUUCACAACAUUUGCAUUGAUUAAAUGCAAACCCUUACACCGACACAUGUGAAUGCCUGUGUGAAAAUGUGUUUUACUGCAGAAGUAUUUUUGUAGCUUGCCAUCUAUCCUUGUUGAAAUCAUUUUUGUCUUUAUUUAGGGUGUAAAAAGAAGAGAUUUACAUAAAAAAUAGACUCAUAAAUUUAAAUAGAUAAGAUUUUAGUGCAAUAUUAGUGCAGGCACCAGCAAGAUGAACUUAACAUCCACCCCUAAAUGAACCCAGUGUUGUCUUCUAAAAAUGUGUCUAUAUGUACCUUGUAAUGUAUAGAAGCCCUUAGUGGACAUACAUGAAUUUUAUUGUCUACAUACUUCUACUACAUAUACUACUACAUACUCACUAAUGAUUCUGACAUACUUAAAAGCCUGUCAUCAGCGUAUAAUAUGACUUUUGUUUACGUAUUUCUGGUCCAUGAUUUGGUGCGACUAUUUGGUCUAUAAAAACAAUUCAACAUUGAUGAUUAGUACAGCUGUGUAGUUAUUUUGAGUGUUAUUUAGUAACAUUUUCUCAACAAAAUGUUUUCUUUUAUAUUUAUGCUGCUUAUUAGCUGACUGGCUGUGCUAUUGGAUAGUCUGAGAGCCUCAAUGCGACCACUAGUGCGACCACUGUGCUCCUGUUUCCUACUAUUAUACAUCUGGAGAUUUCUCCCAUUUGCAUACUAUGAAUGUACCACAUCCUAAAUGUGACGUUACAUUUAGUAUGAAUAGUGCAAAAGUUUGUGGUUUGGACACAGUUUGUUUUCCUGUAAUAACAGUAAAGUUAAGGACUUUUCUUGCUGUCUUGUAUUUAUCUUAUGUUAAUAAUGCUGGUAUCCUGUGAUAAGUUAAUUUCUCAAGACCUAAUAAGUUAUCAUGAGAAAACAAGCUUCGAUUUCUUUGUAUCUAAGCCAAGAUCUUAAGAAAAUGUACUUUUUGUCACUGAUAUCCCAAGAUACAAGAUAAGUCAAGAUGUCGAGAAAACAACAGAGUUUAUGUUAUCUUAGGAAAGCAGAGUAACACAUGUAGAUGCAUGUCCUCUCAGGGCUUCCAUAGAAAUGACAGUAACAACACUCCUGCCACACACUAUGUACUGUAGUGUCUUUCUAUAAUCUCCGAGUGUCUCAGGGCACCCCACUGCCUUCUCCCUACACACUGCCUAGAACCUCUGGACCAUGAAAACUCAAUCUGACUGAUUUGCCUCUUUGCUAAAAGUCUGUUGUUUACAGAUUAAUUUCCUCAGGAGACUUGACCCAACAAGCUAUCCCAAGAUGAUUAUCAACAAAGUAUCAUGAAGUAAGGCCAGUAUUGUUUAGACUUUAAGGGGAACAGGGUGUCGUGGAUGUCUUUACAAGUUAAUGAUUGUUUUUUUGUGCCUGUAUGGUUAUUGUGUAUGCACACAAGUCAUGACAGUUUGUAUAUUGUCUCUUAGUUAAUAAAAACCACUGACUAAUGUUUGAA